CAGGACUUCCCUGGCUCCCCUCCAUCGGGCCUUCAUGCACCAGGAAGUUGAGCUGCGAGGCUGGGGUUGUGCGGCGGCCUUGUCUCAUUCUUCUGUUCCCUAGAGGGUAAAGCUCGGCAUCCGCUAGCUCAGGGCUGAAUGAUGCCUGGGCGACCUCCGUGUGCCCAGAAUAGAAUCUGCUUUAGUGGGUCGCUUGAAGCCUGGAUAUUUAACAGUCCCUUUGGAACCACCCUCAACCUGCCAGCGGCUAGACAGAGGACGGGAACGUGGUGCCUUGCUGCAGGUCGCUCUAAGGUCAAUGCUGUCGGAAAGGGUGUAGAAAUAUGACCUUGGACUCCAAAGGGAGUUUCGUGAUGAUGGUGCCAGCCAAGAUGCAGCCAUUCGGAUGCCCCUUCUCCAUUCCUAAGAGUUCGCUGGCUCCCAGCCGUCCCCAUGGACCAUUUAUCAACCCCAAACUUUCCCGUUAAAUCUUUCAGGCGGUUCUUGCUUUCUUUACCAGCCUGACUCUGUUCCCCCCCAACUUGCCCCUAAUUUCCAAUGCGUUUAGGUGUCUAGGGUGGUGCCCAGAAUCCCAGGUGGCUAUUGCUCUUUCCCUUGAGAGCUAGUUCGCAUCCUGGAGAAAAAAACCAAGUCCCAAACCCACGGCCCGGUGGGCACAGAGAGCAGAUCCCAGCGGUCAGCGUCCUGAGGUAGGACCAGACUGCACGAGGGCAAGGAUCCGGUCCCGCAGCAGACCCAGCCGGUAUCUCUCUUCUGGUUGGGGGCGGAGAAGCUCCAUCAUCUUGUUGCCAGUCAGGCUAACUUGGCUCCUCUGACCCUGGAGAAGGGAAGCCAAGUCCUUCCCUGCCAUUCUUCUGAGGGCAGGGCCGAGAAGCUGCUUGGAGGGGCCCCUCCCUACGAUGUCCGGCUUACUCAGGGAGAGAAGCUCUGGGCUGUGACUCCCCUUCUUGUGGCAACGGUGAGGCACCCAGGUGAUUUACAAAGGGGGGAGGGAAGGCAGGCAGGCAACAAGCUGCUCUUCGUCCCCUUACUAGUGGGAGCCCCAUGCAUCCCCCUUGCACCACCACCCCCCUCAGAGAAGAAGGGAUGGACUCAUCCCCAGUGUUGCCCACGGGCAGAAGGUCCCCCUCCUCCCUUCAGUGUCAGUGGGGUGGGGCCUGUACCUCUGGUUGGGGGGGUAAGAAGAGAGGGGAUGGGAAAGAAAAUCCAGCUGGGCCUCUUACCCAGUGAGGUUCGGGUGCCAAGGGCAGCAAUUAGGGUGCUCCCUACCCAGCUGCUGGGGGGACAGGUCCGGUCUGGCUGCCCCCUGGACUCAUACACUUACCCCACUCCACCUGUUGCCGGAAUCGCCUCAUUUCUGCACAUCACUUUGGUGUGGCUGAGGGGGGACCACAAACCCCUCUAAGCCUCUCUUUUGUGGUUCCAGCGAGGCGGUCAUCUUUCAUUUCUCCUUUUCCAGCUUUCGGGAAGCAGUUAGGGAAUGUAUGAUGAAGCAGAAAUGAGCCGUCAGGAUGAUAUUUUAAUGGCUUAUAUGUCACGUUGGUGCAUGUGGCUUUGAACUGGAGCCGCUUGCGUUUCCUGCAGAGAGCGCCGCAAAUCCCACUUGAUAACUUCUACAACCCACAACUUUUUUUUUUUUCUUCUCACAUUCACUCUUACUCUGUAUAUUUGGACGCUUUUCCUAAAAAUACCCUCUUGUCAAUGUCCCCCCUGGAUUUUCCACGGACUGGAGAGGAGAGGACUGAUUUUUUUCUUUUUUGAAUAAUUAUUUUCCCUCUCCCCCUCCCAACAGCUACCCUUCUCCCCUCAGGUCCCCUCCCUUGUUUUUGAAAGGCAGGCGAGGUGGGCUCAAUAUUUGUUCUCCCUGGUGAAAGCCGUAUUCUCUCUGCAGAUAAGAUUUUUACAACUCUAGUGGAGGCAGGGUCUAAAUUCCCCUUGUAGGCACCAGAAGGCUCUGAGUGGCUUUGAUAUACCUUUUUUUGUACAAGGUACAUAAUGUUUUUUUUUUUUUUUUUUGAAAAGCAACCCUUCAAGCCCCAGCUUUUUGCCUCCAUUCCCUAUCCUGCUUUCACUCAAAGUUGGCAAGGAAUUCAGGGCUGCUGCACUCAGACUUGUUGCUGAGUACUGAACAUUUGAUUUUUUUUUUCUUUCUCAAAUUUCUACUUCCCAGCCGAACAAGCACAAACGCUCAGCCAGUUCCCUUUAGAUGCUAGGAAACCAUCCCAUUUAACAGAAGUCCAAUUUUGAGCAGGGAGAGCCCAGGGAAAGGGCAGCUCAGCUCACCAACCCAAGUAAGUAAUCUAGCUGAUGGAAAAGACUAGAAAAUAAGAAAGGUGGAGAGGCCAACGUUGACCCUGCCUUCCUCCAGCCUCUCCAGCCUAAGCCAGAGACUGGGCAAAGAAUAUUCAUUUUCAUUUUCCUCUUGCCCAGGCACUGGUACGUUUCCUAACGGGUCGCCUGUGAAAGGAUGAGUUGAGGUCUCUUUGUCUGAGAAAAGAGUUUAGGGCUCUGAUUCAGCUGCAAAGAAGCCAAAUGAAGUUAGAAACAAAGGGCAAAUUGAAGGAUUCCGACUCUUGGCUUUUUGUGUUUUCCUUACUAGAAAAUAAUUAGACCUAAUGAAUAUGCAGACGCUUCUGCUAAACCCUCGGCCCGGGCUGCUGGGUUUUAAACAGAGCUGCGGAGAAAUGCAACCUUCAUCCCCCAACCCCCCGCAUCCGCGUGCAUUUUUUGAAAUGCAUAAAUGUUGCUCGCCUUAAUUGAUUGAGUCACAGAGAUUUUUUUCCCCUGCUUUUAAGUGCCAUACUCCUCUACCUUUCAACAAUCAUUUUAAUAUAUAGUCAAUGGCUCUUUGUGGACGGGACAAAAAGCAACUACGCGCAGUUGUUGAAUAGACUUUGCGCUGGGCAAAGACAGGUUAAUCGAGGGCCGCAUCGCGAAAACAAGCGAGUGUUGUAUGUUUGCACUGAAUCCAAAUGUCUGCAUUUUCCUAACUAAAUCAAAGGGAGUGUUAUUUCUUUUUCUGCUCACUCAUCUGAAGGUAAGUAAAUUUUCUCUGGCGAUCAAAAGCCUGGUCGGCAACAAAGACCGCGCCCGCUUUUUCCACCGUCCUGGUGUGGCAAGUUGCGGAAUUUCAAUAACUGUGACAAGGGUGACUGAUUUGUGAACUAGAAAAGGUUUGAAUGUCACAAAAUUUACAUUGGUCCUAUCUAUCGGAGAUUUAAAUACCAAAAAGUUUUCGGGGAUUUCUAGGGAGCUUUGGGCAGUCCUGAAGAACAAUGGCGCGUUGGGAAAUUUACAGUUUUACCUGAAUGAAAGGGGCCCGAGUUGGGAACAGGAGUACAUAGGGAGGGGUUAACGGGGGCAGACAAGGGAGACUAGAGAAAAGGGAGAAAAGAAAAGAAUAACACAGGAGAGGAAAAAAGAAAAAAUUGGCAACAAUGUUUUAAAUUUUGCUGGGGAGAAAAAAACCUCCAAAACCUCAACCUGGAAAGUUAGAGCUCCCAUCCACCUGUGCUUAUUUUUUAGGGGGAGAAGGGAGCAAGACGCCUGAUUGAUUUGAUAAAAGAAUCAAGGCGACCGGCUAUCCUGAGAAAUUACAUUUCUUGUAAGAAAGUGGAGUGCCUGUGUGUUCCCGAGAUCUUAAAUUAUAAACAGGAGGGGGACGAAGCAAGAGGGAAGCGAACUUCAAAAGGAGCAAAUAACAAAAGCCUCCUUUUCUGUCCUUCAAGGCGGGGACAGGGGGAAAGAAAGAAAAGAAAGUUGCUGAAUCGGGACAUUCUGGAAGUGCCUUAGCUGUGUUUACCAGCCCCAUCCCCGCCUCCUGUUCUUGGAGACAUCCGAAGUCUCUUGUCCCCCAGCUAAGAGUAGGUUUGAAGAAGAACAAGAUAAAGCAAGAUACAGAUGGAGAGGGAGAGGAAUACGGAUAGAGAAUGUAUGACUGAGAAAAAGGAAAGAAAUCAUGGCAAUUUUUUUUCUUUCCUUGAGAAGAGGGAAAAUUUUUGGCUAAAAAAAAAAGUUGCCACUCCUGGCAGCCCUGUUUGUCAAAAGGGGAUGUCAAGCGCUUUACAAUACCUGGGAUUGAUGAGGCGGGCGGGCCAAUGAACGCCGCGCGGCGCCUCGGCGCGCCCUCCGUUGGCGCGGCGGCUGCGGGCGGGGGGAGUGCGGGCACACCAAUGGGCGCCCGCGUCAGCAGCACGUGACGCCUCCCCCUGCUCCCAUUCAUCAAGGGGGGGACGGUGUCGUCCUUUCAAUUCAUUUAUCUGCAGGAAUGAUUGCUGCUAUCAGUCUCGCGCUCACCGCCCGGCUGAGGAGGUGAAAGUUUCUCCCCAGGAAGAUAAACCGCAAAAGACAAUAUUGUGCAUGAUUUGCGCCUUUUCUUUGGCUUUUUCUUUCUUUCUUUUUUCUCCCCCUCCCCCCCUUUUUGCAAAAAGCAGAGGGGAAAAAGGAGAGUGAAGGAGCGAGGAGGCGAGCCUGAGAGAAAGGAGAGAGAGAGAGAAAAGAAAGGGCGAGGGUCUAGUAGAGAAGUGAGGAGGGGCGGACGGCGCAAGGCGGAGAGAGAGCGAGGAGUCGUGGCUCCGGAGCUCACAUUCCUCUAUGCUACAAAUCCAGGAGGAAGUUUUUUUGGGGGGCUGAGAUGCUCCACGCCUUUCCCUGGGCAGCCUUGACGCGGGGUCCUCUCGGCAGAGACUGAGCGGCGAGAAAGUGCGAGCCGGGCCGGCGGGGUCUGCUCGGCGGGCGCCGGAGCCCGCCUUGCUCGCGGCCCGCAGCCGUCCGGCUUCCCCGCGCUUGGCCAGGCGGGCGCCCCGGCGCGCCGCGCCGCUGCCAGCAGGCUAGGACUUCGAGAGGUGGGUCGACUCCUCCUCCCUCCUCUUCUUCUUCCUCCUCUUCCUCCGCCUCCUGUUUCUCCUCCUCCUAAUUUUCCCUCCUCGGCGGGCGAGGGUGGGGGGGGCGGGGGAGGCCGGGGCUUGCCCCGAGCAGCCACGAUGCUCCUGGACGCCGGCCCCCAGUACCCUGCGAUCGGCGUGACCACCUUUGGCGCGUCCCGCCACCACUCGGCGGGCGACGUGGCCGAGCGCGACGUGGGCCUGGGCAUCAACCCGUUCGCCGACGGCAUGGGCGCCUUCAAGCUCAACCCCAGCUCUCACGAGCUGGCCUCCGCCGGCCAGACCGCCUUCACGUCGCAGGCUCCUGGCUACGCGGCUGCGGCGGCCCUGGGACAUCACCAUCACCCGGGCCACGUCGGCUCCUAUUCGAGCGCAGCCUUCAACUCCACGCGGGACUUUCUGUUCCGCAACCGGGGCUUUGGCGACGCGGCAGCAGCAGCCAGCGCGCAACACAGUCUGUUCGCUGCUUCGGCUGGGGGCUUCGGGGGCCCACACGGCCACACGGACGCCGCGGGCCACCUCCUCUUUCCCGGCCUUCACGAGCAGGCAACGGGCCAUGCAUCGCCCAACGUGGUUAAUGGGCAGAUGAGGCUUGGCUUCUCGGGGGACAUGUACCCGCGGCCCGAGCAGUACGGCCAGGUGACCAGUCCCCGUUCAGAGCACUAUGCCGCGCCGCAGCUGCACGGCUACGGGCCCAUGAACGUGAACAUGGCCGCGCAUCACGGCGCAGGAGCCUUCUUCCGCUACAUGCGCCAGCCCAUCAAACAGGAGCUCAUCUGCAAGUGGAUCGAGCCCGAGCAGCUGGCCAACCCCAAAAAGUCGUGCAACAAAACUUUCAGCACUAUGCACGAGCUGGUCACGCAUGUCACCGUGGAGCACGUCGGCGGACCUGAGCAGAGCAACCACAUCUGCUUCUGGGAGGAGUGUCCGCGCGAGGGAAAGCCCUUUAAAGCCAAAUACAAACUGGUCAACCACAUCCGCGUGCACACGGGUGAGAAGCCCUUCCCCUGUCCCUUCCCUGGCUGCGGCAAGGUCUUCGCCCGUUCUGAGAACUUAAAGAUCCACAAAAGGACGCACACAGGGGAGAAGCCCUUCAAGUGUGAGUUCGAGGGGUGCGACCGACGCUUUGCUAAUAGCAGCGACCGCAAGAAGCACAUGCAUGUGCAUACGAGCGACAAACCCUAUCUUUGCAAGAUGUGCGACAAGUCCUACACUCACCCCAGUUCAUUGCGCAAACACAUGAAGGUCCAUGAAUCCUCCUCGCAGGGCUCGCAACCUUCGCCAGCCGCCAGCUCGGGCUAUGAGUCCUCCACGCCUCCCACCAUCGUGUCUCCCUCCACAGACAACCCAACCACCAGCUCCCUGUCGCCCUCCUCCUCCGCGGUCCACCACACAGCCGGCCACAGUGCGCUCUCUUCCAAUUUUAACGAAUGGUACGUUUAAAAUCAGAAACAAAACGCAAAACAAAACCCUAUUUAAGAGACUGAGCACACACAUGUAUACACAGUAUUACUGAAAGAACCCUGAGCAUCAAAAGAGCCCCCAACCCACUCUGCAAUCCUAUUUUUUCUAAAUCUGUCAAUAGACCCAGGACCGAGUAAGAGAGAGAAAGCACCAAACCUUUACAUUUACCCCCCCUUUUCCCCUUUCCUUUUCUUUUUCUUUUUUCUUCUUUUUUUUUUGGCAAACGUUUGGUAGCCAAGGGGCGGGAAGGGGGUCAAGGAGACGGCGGCUGUCUGACCAAAUGCCGCCAACCCCGAGGGCCAGUUUCUCCUCGGAGUCGGAACUGGCUCUCUGGGAUUCGGCUUUUUUUUUUUUUUUUUUUUUUUUUUUUUUUUUUUUUUGCUUUGCAUUCUUGUAAAUACAGAAUUAUUAGCUUAAACCUGUACUGUUGGAUUCUGUAUAUAGUUAUAUCUCGGUUGGAACGGGCGGGUGGGAUCGUGGCGUUGUGGUCUUUGCAUUGGGGAGGGGGGAGGGGCCGGGAGGGGAGGGGGAGGGGAAGGGGAGGGGCGGGCGGCCGAAAGCCAACUGUUUGUACUGAAUGGCAAGAAUGUUCUAGUAAAUGUGUACCAAAAUGUGAAUUACUUUGUACGAUUACAGUCUCCACGUCGACCUAACAGAAUAUUAUUGGUAUUAAUGUGCUUUUUUUGUAUAAAGUGCAAACAUUUCGUCCCAAAGUCUAAGUACUUUAGUGCGGUAAAAUGUUGUUUCACGUCCUGUCAAGAAUUCGUAUAGUACGAGCCUGGAUCUGCGUGUCAAACUGUUUCAUUUGUUUAUGUAAAGUGAUAUUAAAAAAAAGAUAUAAACUAUAACUGUCCGUUGCUUUUGGCAAGAGAUACAACCACAUAAUGUAUAUAAUUCCUAGUUUCCAUAUUUAUCCGCAUGUAAAGGGCCGGCUUAUUCAUGUUACAGCUAUUCAAUAUUUAUGGCUAGAAGAACUCGUAUGUACACUUUAGUUUCCAGAACUGUUUGGUAACCUUUCGUACCUUAUUAAAGAUUCUUAAAUCUCA